CAAGCAGCUUCUUUCUCGACGCACUCUGAUGCGCAGUCAUGCUGAAAACGCAGGUUUUUACUUUCUGUCUAACUCUCUUCCUCGUGACUUCGGUCCACACAAUCCCUCUGGAAUCUAAGGAUGCUUGGAAAUCUUUGGAAAACCCAAGAAAUAGAGAGUUGUUUUUCCGAACGCUUCAAGCUUAUUUUUCUGGCCGAGGGGUUGAUGUUGAAAAGUUCUCCAAAUCAUUCCGAAUGGACAACAGGAGACCAAAUGUGGCAGCCUCUCCUUACGCGAACCAUAUCUCCUCCGCCUUUGCAGACUACGAAGGACAGAAAGAUUCCUUUUCCGCUUUCUUGAAAGGAUGACUGCAACAAGAUGGAAUGCCGCCGCUGAUGAUCUCAGCAGUAGCCUGGAUCAAUAAAGUCAACAUCUUUUUAAUUUUUAAGUUCACAUUCUCUUGUUUGCAUUGUCUUUUAUUUGUAUUGAUUUUUAAAAAUCGAAUCGCCGCAUUUCAUGUAAUACGGACUGGGCUUUAACUUAUCAAGGGAUGCUGCUUACUUUACGUUUAGAUGGUCUUUGUCCUCAUCUGAUACUUUUCAAUUCUCUUUCUGUCUUCGGCGAUGCAAACUUUGCAUCGUUUCAGUUUGACGUUUCACCGCAAUGAAGGACGUGUCUGGAAUUAUUCAACAAUAGUUAAAUA